AUGUCAACGACCGUAGGACAACGGACGAGCUGAAUUUCAUCCCGGUGUCUCGUUAACUGUACACGAACGGCGAAGAACUCGACGGCGGGGACGGCGGCGACUCGAGGGUACGGGGCAAGAAACGAAAGCUCGUAUAAUCCGCGUUCCCGACGUUCUGCACCGGUACCAUUACCAUUACCAUUACCAUUCCAGGUCUCCUUCCCGUUCUUUCACCGGGCAGCCGGUAAACAGUAUUUCCAAGUCGACCGAGUAAAUCAACAAUCGUUCUUCUUCCCGAUCACCGGUGUGCGCCUGUGUUUUUCCCCCGACUGGCUUACUUACUUUUUUACACCACCUUCCUCCGUUUCGUUGGAUCCAACGAAAUGCAUACGGUACGACGGAGUUACCGUGGCCUCUCCACCCGCCAGGCAG